AGCAAACAGGAAGUAGUAUCAAGUUGUGUGCUUUGCUCUCUUUAACAACAGGUGUGGAGAGCCUCAGCUAUGGACGUCAGAGGAGGAGUAAAUACGCGAUGACAGGAGAAUAACAACAUGACAGUCCCUCUACAGUUGGAAGAGGAUGGGAAGUCCCACCGUGCUUUUGUCUCCUGUGAGAAGAGAACUUUAGCGCCCCGUCUUGAUUGGCUCCUUUUAGUUUUCUAUGAAGUCUUUUCAUGGUGUCGCCUGAUUGGUCCUUCAGACCUGUGUGAGGACUGAUCUGCCAAUUGUUAUCAGUCUUGCAGCGUCUUUCCUCUGCAGCUCGGCGUUCCCCGAACGACAGGAUAAGGAAGGAAGAUCUCGGUUUACUGCAGCUGAACCAGGAUUUCGCUGAAGUGAUCUUCACCAUGGAGGUGCCCAGUAGACCGCCGCCUUCCGACUUCAAACUCCGUAAAUCGGCUUCAUCUCCUCUACGCUAUUCAGGAGCAAUAAAGAAGGUUUCCAAGAAAAAACAAAUGGGGGGAAAUUUGCCGGAAUAUGGAAAUGAAGAAAAUGACAAUCAGUUUGAAGAGAAUAAACUUGACACUGAGGAAGAGACAGUAGAGGAAUCUGUGUUUCUAAAACCACCAACUGAUUCCUCGGAAGUCGUAGAUGUAGCUGCGCAUCAAAUACUGAUAAGACUACCUUCACAGGACAGUUUCUCAGAGGAGAGCUUUGUGUCAGAGGAGCGGCUGGCAGAGGAAGCCAAAAAGAAGAAGGAGGAGGAGGAGGCAGCAGCGAAGGAGAGGCAAUCUCAGAGACAGAUGAUGGCUAUAGAAGAGCUUGCCCAAUCAGAGAAGAGUUACCUCAGAAUGCUGCAGAUUUGCACUGUAAACAUCAGGAACAACCUGCAGAACCUCCAGCCUCCUCCACCCAACCUGGACAGUGUGUUUCUCUACAUAGAUGAGGUGAUGGAUGUAUCAGGUCGGCUUCUCAGCAUGUUGGACCAAAAGCAGCUCACCCCUGAAAACCCAGACUUCCUAGAAACCCUCUGUACCUCAUUCCUCAGCCUCUCCUCAGAUAUUGAAGCAGCUUAUAAAGAAUACUUGCGGCACUAUAAUCAUGUCUCAUUAGUGGAGAACAGCUACAAACAGAAGGAGGCACUUUGGAAUGACAUCGUUACAAUCAUCAAGACCUCAGCACCUGAGGUCAAUGCCACCUCUUUGAGUUUCUUCUUGGUGAUGCCGGUGCAGCGGAUUGCCCGCUAUCCUCUCCUCCUGCAGACCAUCCAGAAGCACACUGACCCCUCUCACCCAGCAUACGGCCUACUGGAGCAGACUGCUCACACUUCUGUCGCCUUAAAUUGUCGUAUCAACGAGUACAAACGCUUCAGAGAAGUCGCUGAUAAAUACAAGAAGACGGAAAACCUGACUAUUAUCGACAAGAUCAACCGACUUAACACACACAGCAUCGCAAAGAAGACAGCAAGGUUCAGUCAGCACAUCAAACACGAGACUGGAAUGGUGCCAAAGCUGGUGGAUGAAGAGUUUGAUGCCCUUGAAGGUUUCUUUAACAUUCUGGAGGAUGGGAUCCUGGUUCUUCUGGAGAACGUGGAAACAUACCUGCUCCACCUACAGAGGUUCCUGGAAUGUAAGACAGAAGAGUUCGACUUUGACAUGGAUGGAGAAAAGACCCCUAUUUGCUAUAAGGAGAUCAAGACCGCGCUCAGACAGUGGAUCCUUCCAAUGUUUGAAAAAAGGAUGAGGGUUCUGAUCUACAAACCCCUCUGUGACCUCCGUGACCUCCUGGUCGGCCCCAAGAACCUGAUUAGAAAGAGACUCCACAAGCUGCUGGACUACGAAGUGAUCGAAGGCAAAUCCAAACUGAGCUACGACGAACAGGCUGUGGCAAACGCAUACAAGACAAUUAACACGCUGCUCCUCAAUGAGCUUCCUCGCUUUAAUGGCCUAGCUCUGCAGAUGAUCUGGCGAAUGUUGGGAACGUUCAGCUGCUUGCAUCGAGAUCUGGCUGCAGACAUGGAGCAGGUCUUUCAAAGCUUUGCUCAACAGCUCCCUCACAGCUCUCUGCACCCUAAGGAAUUCCAGGAGUGGGUGGAAUCUGCAGUGCUGGAAGGAGCGAGGCAGUUGGAGACUUUAUGCCAAAGUGUGGAGGAAGCUCUCAAUGCUCCAGCUGCCCAGCCUCUGAGCCCGUCCUCUCAGCGCCGUCUGAAGCAGCUGACAGAUAAACACGGCUCUGGAAAGAUCUUCCAGGUGACAAGCACGGUGGUGGCCACCCGGGACUUCGACCUGAACCUGACUAAGGGAGAGUUGGUGGCCCUCAUCAGCGAGACCGACACCCGCGGAGACAAACGGAGAUGGCUGGUUGAUGCAGGAGGAAAAAAAGGCUAUGUUGCGUCCGCAAAGCUUGCUCGCUAUCACCAAGCAGUGGAGGACCCGCCCCCCUCUCCAUUUCUUCCUAUGCCAGCGGAUAUGAGCGGAUUAAGGAGACAUUCCUGCACCCCAGACCCCCAACUCAUCCAGGUGACAAGUCGACCUUUAUUCCAGGUGAUUGCUGCCUACGACUUCACAGCCAGAGGAAACCAUGAAGUAUCUGUCCAUGCCGGUGAGCCCGUCCGCGUCCUGGAGCCCCACGAUAAACGAGGGAACCCUGAGUGGAGCCUGGUGGAGGCCAGGGGUCAGAGAGGCUAUGUGCCCUCCAACUACCUCACCAGGACACCAGUGAUCCCUUCACUAGGAAGGCAGUAAAACACUAGCAUGUUAUGUACUGUCUACUAUAUUUGGCUUUGAACCUGCAGCUGCUUCUAAAACAUGUAAAAUACAUGCUUUAUAUGUCAAAAGAAAUUUUAAACUACAGUAUAAGUAAAAAAAACAAACAAACAAAAAAAAACAGUUAAACUAGGUUAAUGGAAAGACCAAUAGGGUUUAUCUCCAUAAAGAUAAACUCGAUAGUUUAUCUAAGAAGUUUUUAAAGAUCAGCAGAAAAACUGAUUUCAAAACCUUUACGUGCAAAAUUAUUUAAGUCUGUUUGGGGUUUUUUUUUUUUUUUUUUUUUUUGUUCGGCGUAGAAAUGUAGUUUUUUUGUGUGUUUUUCUAUAACAAAAAAUCAGACGUCCUGCUGCCUGUUUAACACAUUUAACAGCUUAUUACUGCAGAAUAGAAAUAGUUCAGUUUUAAUCCUUAAAAUUUUUUUUAUUUCUUGUUUCCGUAAAAAAAUGACAUUACUCUAAAUCGCAUAAGUUGAAGCUAAAUAUCAAACAAAGAAUGUUUCCAGGUUCAAGUAGCCUGAAUGUGUGCAAUAGAAAACACUGAUCCAGUGCCUCCACUUUAAAGUGGACCUAUUAUUAUUUUUCUUUUUUUGAUUUUCUAGUUGUGACACUGUACACAAAUGAAGGAAGCUGCUGCUACCCAACUCUGUUAUACUCUGACUGGGUUCUCAUCCCUUACUCAUGGGAACUUAGGAAGGGUAAAGGUUUACUGUGAAAGUAGCAUGAAGGACAAUCUGAAAGUUACCCUGUCAAAUGAUUGUGGUAUUCCUGGAUGGCCCACACUGUAUCACCUGAAGAAGAAGGAAUCUUAGGUUUAACAUUGACUCAUUUCCCAUAAUUCUCAGCAGAAACGAAGGAAACAGAAAUAGAUGAGGAUACACGGCGUGCUCUCGUUAGACUCUCCAUGUCAGUAGGAGAGCUACAGCAGUGAGAGCAAACAGUGUGUGAGCGUCCUAAUAGAAACCUGGCUGACAGGUGAUUGCGUGUGAGAGUCUCCUCCCCCUCACCUGGAUCCAGGAGCAGACUGUGUAUGCAGACUGGCAGAUACACAGCGCUCUCAUCAUCUCAGACUUUCUAAUAAGAUGUAAAUGCAGAAUAUCUCAGGGGCUGAGCAGGAAAAGAGACAGGAGAAACGGUGGAGCUGAAAAGGAGCAGAAAUAGAUUUAUUCUCGGGGAAAGUUGAAGGCGGUGAUUUGUUGCCAUUGUUUUAAUCCCCUCAGUCCCAGCAGCAGCGAAGAAGGUCGUUUCUUAGACAGAUUUUACUUAACAAGGUUAUAUAAUGGAUAUAAAGCGGCGCAGACAGACAGAGGUGACCUACUUCUGUGUUUCUAACACACCUGAUAACGCUUGUUGCCAUGGAUACGGUUUAAUCAGUGUUGUUUUUUUCUACUCCUCUCAUGUGUGGAAAUGUUGGGACAAGCAGGUUCAAGUCAUACAGAGUUUGUCCAAUUUUAGUUUUUUUGAGGCCAAAGAGGAUUUAGUCCAGAUUCUUGAAAUACAAGAUGUUAAAAUCAAAUUUUUGGUAUAAAGAUCUAUAAUGUAAUAUUUUAAGAAACUUUAGUGUGCCUAAUACUGAAAAAAAAAUCUUAAAAUACUUUUAUUUUAAAAGAAAAAUAAAAAAACAAAAAAGGGUGAUUUAUUUUAUUAAUAUAGUAAUUUUGAAAUAGUGACAUUAUGAAUAAUAACUGAACUUCACUGCUGAAUGUCCCAUGUACCCACUGCACAAAACUGAAAAAAACAUUCAAGCCGCCAAAACUACAACAAUGCAUUGAUAAUUUCCUAAAAUAUAUAUUUUUUCCUUUUAAUUUGCUCAGACACUUAGCAGCUUUUGUUCUUUAAAGCUGAUAAGUAGCGUUUAUUGCUGUGGGAGUGGAGCAGAGGGAGCUCCGGUAGCUCUGAGUCCGAGCUGCUCAGCUGGAUCUCAUCUCUCUCUGUCGGUUUGAAUGUCAGAUCGGAGCAGAGCAGCAGGAGGCACAGGAAAGACACACUGCAGAGAUACUUCCAAAAUGCCACUGUAGCAAAUGUCCUGAAGGUUAGUCUAACCUCUGGAGGAAAGAUGAAGUUUUCCAAAAAGGCCUCUAACCGGAUAAAACUCCUUAAACCAUGCAGGUGGCAAAUGUGCAGCAUAAUUUAGAUUUAAUUUUGUCACCUUUUACAAACAAAGCAGGCAUCUGAAUGUAUUUGGUGGAUUUUAGGAUAAUUUAAAAAGACAUCUGGAACCACUUUCUAAAAACUGGAUGAAUUCUACCAACCCUGAAGGAUGUUGAGGGACUGUUGCCCAGAAAAGACUUGUUAUUUCAUCCUUCCACCACUAGAGGGAGGAUGUGUUUCUACUGUGUAACAUGUUUGUUUGCUGUUGCUAUUAACAUCAUUACCUUUGUCAGUAUUUAUCCUGACACGACCUUAAAAGCACAAUUAAAGCAGAUUCUGUAAUAAUUUAAUGCUGUUGAAGCUUUUAUAAUUGUUUAACUCUUUGGUAAUGAUGCUUUCUUUUUUGUGAGUCUUUUAUAUGUGUAAUUUAUUUAAAUAAAAACGUAUUAAACUGUGUAAUGAUAAUUAUGCUUCAUCUCUCUCCCAGAGAUGAAGCAUCAAACCUUUGGAGGUAUUUCCAGAGUUAUGAUGUUGAGCUCCAUCGCUGUCAUGUAUUUGCACAGCAGAUGGGGGUCUCUGUGCCUGGGCAGCUGUGAUCUGGUUGUGAGGCUUCAAUAAAAACAGAGCUAAAAGUA